AUGGAAAUUCUAGGAGAUUUGACCUAUAAAGAGGAUCUCCAGAAGAUUGAGAAUAUGUUUAAUGAAGGAGGUGGAAGCUUAAAUAUGAAUCAAUUUAGGCAAGCUGUUAAAAGUAUUAGAGAAGAUAUUGGUAAUGAUGAAAUUGAUAUGCUGUUCAUGAAACUGGAUAUAAAUUGUGAUGGCACAGUUGACUGGCACAAGUAUCUUGAUUACAUGGUGGAGGAGUAUAGAGAAAGAGAGUGUUUAGAAAAGUAUAUUCAGAAGCACUAUUUUCCUAAGCCAAUGGAAGUUGUUUACACUAAUUAUUGUGAGCCUAUUGUGAGACUUUUGUUCCGACGUAUUCCCCAGAAUUAUCUAAGUGAUGUCAUUGAAUCCAGAAUAAAGCUUGGAGAAUACCUCUCAAUUACCCGAGAUGGUAUACUCAAAAAGUGGAAUGAUGAAUUUAAACUGCUCUGCACUAUUAACAUUUACCAGAAAGAAGACUUUCACACUAAUCAAAAGUUAGUGAUAGACAUGACUUGGUUGUUUGAAUUGCAUAUGAUAGCAGUCUGUUCUACAUAUCGGGAUGUUGAAUUUUUUGAUCUUCUGUCUCAUGAGUGUAAAAAAGUUUUUUCCUUAGGUGGACUAGAUAAUUGUGUACUUGCUAUGCACUACUGGUCAGAUGGCCAGAAAGGAGUGUUCUGCUGUGGGGACAGCAAAGGUUGUGUCUUGGUGUUUGUUUCUUUAGAUGUCUAUCUCUAUGGCAUUUUCAGUUUAAAAUGUCCUUCAAAAUCAGGAGGUAAAGGAAAAAUUUUAGUUCGUGACCUACUUAGAAAUAAGUCAAUGAACCACCUCUGUUAUAAAAUAUCAGCAGUUCAUGAAAACAUGUGCAAGCAGAUCAGGUAUAUUUCAGACCUCCAUGCAGUUGUUUCUUGUUCUUCUUUGGAUGACACUGGCAUGGCCAUUUCAAAACUACCUUAUUCUUGCAGAAAUAAAGUUGAAACAACAGGAUUUUAUUCCAAAAGAGGAAUACUUUGUUUCGAUUACUCAACCAAAUGCAAGUGCCUAAUAACAGGAGGAUUCGAUUGUAUAGUGAGGAAAUGGAAUCCCCAUAUUUCUAGCAAUAGUAUGUCCCAGAUGGAAGGUCACCAAUGCCCUGUUGAUCAUAUUGCAGUUGAUACUGAAGGUUUCAAGGCCAUAAGCAUUUCAAGAGACAAUGACUUGCGUGUCUGGAAUCUUUUAACAGCAGUUUGUAUUCAGAAUUUUCGUAUAUCUUUAGUUAACGUGCCACUCUUUGCCAUUCACUAUGAUGAUGACACUAAAGUUCUUGCCUUUACAGGCAUGGACAUUGGCAUUUUGUUUAGUAUGGCAAAAAUCAAAGAAGGUGAAAAAACCUCACAUGAGUAUCCGUUAUGUACAGCUUUGUACAACUCUUCUUUUAAGCAGGUUGUGAGUGGAUGCCGUGGUGGCAUGGUCACUGUAUGGGAUCUAAUGACAGGUAAAAAAGCGGUGAAAUUCAUGAUCACAUUGGGAAAGAGACAGGAGAUCACAGCCAUGGCAUUUGAUGGGCCCAAGAGACGUUUAAUCACUGGCUGCAAAGAUGGAACUCUCAGACUGUGGAAUUUCAUGAAUGGUUCUUGUCUUGCUGAAUUGCCCAACAUUGAAGGUGCAAUGGUAACAGGAAUAUUAUAUAUUAAUUGCAGGAUUUAUGUCUCAGGAUGGUGUAAUCGAGUCUUCUGGUAUUUGGAUGCUAAAAAAAAUGAAGCAAUGGAUUGCAAACAGUGGAAAUGCUACAACUCUGACAAUAUCUGGGCUAUGAAUACAUAUGAUGACCAACUGUUGGUCACUGCCUCCUAUAGUGGGGAUAUCAUUGCCUGGCAUAUUAGUGCAGGUCAGGCCUUUUGUAGACUUAAUGCUGAACAGAGCCUUGAAACUCUUGCUCCAGUCAGGGUCUUUGACACAGUGGAGCAACUUCCCUUGACUUCUAAUCUCAAAAAGAAACAAUUACCUAAGCAUAAGCCAUUGAUGAAAGCAAGUUCUUUUAAAAGUCAGGAAAAACAUAGCAGGAAAGAUGAUGAAAACUAUUAUUCUAAACCAGUAAGCAGCAUAUUGGACAAAAAGUCAAAUAAGAUCAUAACUGACACCAACCCCUCCUGGUCUCAGCAAAUGACAAAAGAUCACUUGAAUACCAAUGACGAAAAGCUAGACCAGCCCAAAUUGCCUGUGCAUAAAGUUCAUUGUUUGCGCUCACGGAAACAGAGUUCAGACACUGCCAUCGUUCUUACCAGUUCUGGGUAUGGCCAUAUAUAUGCUUGGUCCGUCAGCCCUGAUGGGGGCCUGUUAGGAAAGUUUCAAGCGGUGAGUUCUAAAGAGACAUUCAUUAGCACAAUGGUCACGGAUAAAAAUGACCAAAUACUUCUCACGGGUGAUACAAAUGGGUAUCUUAGAAUUUGGGACAUAGAGAAUUUCUGCCAUGGCAGUAAAGACACAGACGAAGAUUCCAGUGCUAGGAACCCCGUAACUGCAGUGAAGCUUCAGGAUCUGAUUCCUAAGCACUGUAGACUCAGGGGAAAAAUGACCAGAACUAAGCCUGAAGAACUGUUUCGUGAUGGAUUCAAUGUUGUUACAGGCCCACCUGACCUUCUGAGCUCCUGGAGACCUCACUUGAAUGGUGUAGUCCACCUUGAAUAUAUUGACAAGCUUCAGAUCAUAAUCACAGCAAGUUUAGACUGCAAUGUUCGUUUAUGGAGGCUCUCAGGCACAUACAUAGGUACUUUUGGCCAAGAUCUGUGGAAUGUUGGUCUUCCAGAUCAUAUCGCAAAAAUGCCUUCUGAUUUGCAAAGAUCUGCUUCAUAUCAGACUCUAAAAGUAUUAAAUGAAGGCCUCAAUCCAUAUUGGAGAUAUGAGUUAUUGACAGAUUUCCAAGAAAUGCUGCAUGGCACAGAUAGUCUAGCUUCUCAUUUUCAAGAGAUUGCUCGCAUUGCCUCUGAGGAAGACAGGAAUUCUACAUAA